UGGAUACUCGAAUUCUAUCAACUUGGUUACAGGAUAUACGAACUGAGGACAAGCCUUGCCUACUGACCCUACCCCAGGCUGAACUAAAAUAAACUGCGGGCUCACCACAGCCCGUGCUACUUGGAACUUUUUGUUCCAGAUAGCGAAUCUUAAACAACAACAACAGGCUGAACACCAACAACAAGCUGAACUAACUCCUGGGUGCCCGCUUUACUGCUUAAGUGGACAGGGGUUGGAAACACACCCAGUCAUUAUGUCCCGGCCGGGAUUUAAACCCUAAAUAUCCUAUUGGUGCCAUAAGCUGAGCAAUGGGUUCAGAGAUGGGAUUGAAGCGCCGUAUUGCCAGGUGGAUGGAGGAUCACCGUGGCCUUAUUGUAGUGCUGGUGGUACUUCCUCUUUCCCUUAUCUUUGAUGCUGUGAUGCAGUUACGACACUGGAUAUUUCACAAGUAUAUUUCUGCUCCAGAGAAGCAUGAUGAACGGGUCAUAGAUAUUCAGAAACAGGUACUGAGAUGGAAUAAGCAGCCAAAAUCAUUAAGGAAAUUGAUGUGUACAGCUCGCCCAAAUUGGCAGUCUCUGUCCACCACUUUCUUUAGAAAGGACUUGUGCCACCGGAUCAGCAUUCCUCUAUAUGACAUCCUGGAAUUAAACUCGACCCAAAUGACUGUCCGUGUGGAGCCCAUGGUGAGCGUGGGUCAGGCGACAUCCUACCUAGUUCCCCGAGGAUACACACUGGCUGUGUGUCUGGAGGUUGCAGAAGCAACAUUAGGGGGCCUGGCCAUGGGUGUAGGGAUGACCACAUAUUCACACAAAGUGGGACUUUAUCAGGAGACCAUAGUAGCAUAUGAGAUGGUGCUGGCAGAUGGCUCACUAGUGAGAGUGACCCGACACAAUGAAUAUAGUGACCUUUAUCACACGCUGCCUUGGUCACAUGGCACACUUGGGUUCUUGGUGGCACUCGAGUUACAAAUUAUUAAGAUAAAGCCUCAUCUUAAGUUGGAAUAUAUACCAGUUAAAGGUCAAGAGAAAUAUUGUGAUAUGAUUCGAGAUUUGUCUGGAGCAUUGGAUAAAAACCGUUUGACGCCAGAUUAUCUGGAGGCUACAGUCUACAAUAAAGAAGAAGCCGUUGUCAUGGUUGGGAAAUUUGCUGACGUACCUCAUAAUGAGCAACAUAAGAUAAAUCGAUUGACAAGAUGGUACAAACCCUGGUUUUAUAAGCAUGUAGAAGGGUUCCUGAAGAAGGGAAGAGGCUAUGAAUACAUACCUUUGGAGGACUACCUCCUUCGACACAACAGAUCAAUAUUUUGGGUUAUAGAAACAAUGAUUCCCUUUGGCAAUAAUCCUGUCUUCAGGUUCUUAUUUGGCUGGUUAUUGCCUCCCAAAAUUGCCUUCCUUAAAUUCACCACUACACCUGGAGUGAGGGCCAUGACCUUUACAAAGCAGGUGUUCCAAGAUAUUGUGCUUCCCAUGAAACAGUUAGAAGAUCAAAUUGAUAAGUGUGAGGAACUUUUCGACCUCUAUCCUAUACUUAUAUAUCCCUGCCGUUUGUACGACCAUGGGCCCCACAGAGGUCAGCUUCGUCCACCUCGUAAAGACCAGAUGGUUCCAGGAGCCAACUAUGGGAUGUUCAAUGAUCUUGGAGUGUAUGGUGUGCCAAAACUGGUCAAAGACAAAAAACGUUUUGAUGCUGUCCAUGCGAUGAGACAGAUGGAAAGGUUCACAGCAGAGGUGGGAGGCUAUCCUUUUCUCUAUGCUGACACUUUCAUGACUCGGGAGGAGUUUGAAAAGAUGUUUGACCUAACAGCAUAUCAGGAAGUGCGUCGUAAAUACAACGCUGAAGGUGCCUUUCCUCAUCUCCAUGAUAAGAUUAAGCCAGAGAUAAAUGUUGUGGAAAUUGGGAAGCAAUAUAUGAAUCCUUUCUAGGUAUUCUUCAUCAUGUCGCAUACUGCUGAAGCCCUUUUAUUGCUCACUGCUUAGUUCCUUCAUUUUGAAUAGAAGUUAUGAAAAGUGCAUUUCAUGUAUUUUAGUAUGUACUCAGCCUGUACUUUAACUGCUGUACCGCUCACAUCAUGGUAUCAUGGAGAGAGGGUGUGCAGCAGCCAGCAUAUCAUGUUAGUAUAUUGUAAGAUUCAAAACUCCCCCUGGGUACAUAUGGCUUACAUCCUGUUCCUGAGAACUCCAGUAAACAGAUGCCAUCUUGAAAAAAUGUCAUCUGCAUCCCUCCUGGCUUUGAGAGCCUCAGUUAUGCCAGAGCAGCCAAGGCUGGCAAAUGCAGCAAGAGCUUACAGCACCGCUGUGCAGGUCGGGGCCACAGCACCACUUAAAAAUGAAUAAAA